AACUCUAGAAUGUGACAUCCUUUGUGCUCACCUCUCACUAUGAUGAUGAUCCCUCGCCUCCUCCACCGGGCCCUACCCGUCGCCGUAUCGCCCCAGGCCCGCGCGUCUUAUAUCGCUCUAUACAGCAUCUCCCGCCGCACACCCUUGCCACAGUCUCACCGGCGUGCGUCGUCCUCUAGGUUCAAUCGCUCCGACUUCAGUGGCCAGGGCUACUCGUCCUUUUAUGAGCCUGACCAGCCCACGCGAGGCCCGUUGGGCUCCACGAGCAACGUGGGAGUGGGUCACAUUACGCCAAAAGUGUUGAGGCAGCAUCUUGACCAGUUCGUCGUCGACCAGGACCGCGCCAAGAUAGUCUUGAGCGUGGCCGUCCACGAGCACCAUUUGCGCAUCCAGGAGCUCAAGAGACAACUGGAUGAGCAGGCACGACUGGAAGCCCAGGCGCAGCGACGAUCCAGUGUGUAUAAUAGACAUCCUGUAGAAGAUGAGUUCCCGGGCCAACAGUCCACCGUAGAACUGCACAGCCAUAAUGACCCUCUAUCGUAUAACGAAGCCCCCUCGUACAGGCCGACAUCGCCCACCCCCGUAGACGUCGACUCGCUGCUCGAUACCAGCGAGCACCAGCUGCAGAUAGAGAAAUCCAAUGUGCUUAUACUCGGCCCAACAGGUGUAGGAAAGACGUUGAUGUGCAAGACACUGGCAAAGACGCUGGGUCUUCCCAUCUCCAUAUCAGAUUGCACUACCUUUACACAGGCGGGAUAUAUUGGUGACGAUGUCGAGUCGUGUGUAGCGCGUUUGUUCUCUGCAUCAAACUAUGAUAUUGAGGCGACCGAACAUGGCAUCAUUGUGUUGGAUGAGAUUGAUAAGAUUGCCGGCAGCAAGAUGUCGUAUGGUAAAGACGUAGGUGGAGAGGGUGUUCAACAGGCUCUGCUCAAGAUCAUCGAGGGCACAACUGUCCAAGUACAGGCCAAGCCAGAGAGAAGCGCAAACAGACCUGGUGGGCUCUCUGGAGGUCCUUUGGGUAGCCCUCCACCACCCGGGCCAGGCGGUAAUAAAGGCGAGGUUUUCAACAUUCGAACUGACAACAUCCUCUUCAUAUGCACUGGCGCAUUCUCAAACCUACACAAGAUCAUUUUGGACAGAAAGUCAAAGAGCGGCAUGGGCUUUGGCGCAUCGAUACGCGCAUCAAGCGCCCACGCGGCGGCUGAUGGUGUCAUGCUGGGCGGUGUCGAGGCUGAGACAUUCAAGAAGGACUCGCCAUUCUUCGUCCCGCAAGAGACGGAGAUGCCGAAUCCAUUUAGUGUCAGGCAGCCCAAACGCGAAGAGAAGGUCAACGUUCUCGACUACGUGCAGCCAGCCGACUUGCAGAAAUUCGGAAUGAUCCCAGAGCUCAUCGGUCGUAUCCCUACCGUCUGCGCUGUAUCGUCUUUGGAUGAACACGCUCUCGUCCGCGUCCUCACUGAACCCAAAGACAGCCUCAUCCGACAGGAAGAGUACAAGUCCUUUCUCCGUAACAUUGAGUUGCGCUUCACCAACGGCGCCCUACGCGAGAUCGCUAGAAAGGCCAGUAAGAUGGGAACUGGCGCCCGCGGACUGCGACAUGUCGUUGACCAGCUGCUUCUGCAGGCAAAGUAUGAGACACCAGGCUCAAGUGUCAAGCACAUCCUAGUCACGCAAGACGUCGCCCUCCUCAAGCGCGCACCCAUGUAUUUCCACCGCGGCCAAUCCGCCGCCUUUGAAGCCGCACACGCGCAAGAGGAAGAGAAGUGGGACGAGGAGCUCCGCAGCCAGGAAGAUGCCUCAAUUGCUUCACAUGUCAACAACUUUCAAGAGUACAGAAAGGCUAGCGCUGCAGGCUUUUAG